AAAAUUAAUGAUAAGAGAGAAAAGAUCAUAGCAAAUCAUUAUUAUUUAUCUGUCAACUAGAGAAGAAGAUAAAAUAGAAGUUCUCAAUAGAAAACAAUUAUACCUAAUCACUAUCAAAGAAUAUUAAGUCUCCCAUAAGUUUUUCUUUCGCGCCAUACUAGAAUGACUUUAACUAGCUAUUUUUUUAUAUAAAUAUGCAGGCUUAUCUGUUAGCCGUCUAUGGCAUUUUUUUCAAUCGUCUCAGAGCUCUUUUAAAGUACGUUGGUGAUACAAUCUCUUUUAAAAAUUUUUUCUACGCCAAUAUGGGUAGUCAAAGAAAGUAUUUGCGGCAUGUUAUGCCUCAUUAUUUUAAAAAAAGUAAUAGUGCAAAUGAUACAGAGGAGAUUUGUAUCGUUUACGGGAGUGAUGCUACGACUAUUACGACUGUCCGCAAUUGGUUUAAGAGAUUUAGAGCUGGCAAUUUUGACUUGAAAGACGAAGACCGCAACGGCUGUCUAACAACGACGGAUACGGAUCUUAUCAAGACCAUGCUCGCUGAAAAUUCGCGAUAUAGUGUGCGAAAAAUAAUGGAUAUCACUAAUAUUCCCAGAACAACGGUACAUAAUCAUCUGAUCAGGAUGGGAUAUAUUAAUCGAUGUAAAGUUUGGAUUCUAUAAUUAUUGACGGAAACGGGCCUUAUGAAUCGCGUCUCUACGUGCAAUUUACUUCUCCAGCGAUAUGAAAGAGAUCUUUUCUUAAAAAAGUUUGUCACUGGAGACGAGAUUUGGAUUUUGUAUCAAAAUAUGCAUGGAAAACGUAUUUUAUCCAAGACCUUCAAUUGUCGCAAAGCCUAGACUUCACCCGAAGAAAGUUCUUUUGUCCAUUUGGUGGGAUUGGAAAGGUGUAGUCUACUAUGAGUUUCUUCCUCAAAGUGAAACUAUCAAUUCUACCAAAUACUACAAUUAGCUUGAUAAAUUGAGAGCCGCCAUAGAAGAAAAACGGCCAGAAUUAAGGAACCGAUGAGCUAUCGUUUUUCAUCACGACAAUGCAAAACUGUGUUGCAGCAUUUACCUAUAAGAGAAAAACUAUUACAGUUUAAUUGAGAUAUUCUAUUGCAUCCUCCAUACUUUCCAGAUUUUGUUCUAUUCGACUAUUAUUUGCUCUUGCCAUUAAAAAAUUCUCUCCAUAAUAAAUGGUUCCAAUUCGUAAGCGAAAUAAAAACAUACCUCGAGGAAUAUUUUGUAAGUAAACUCCAAUAAUUUCAGAAAGAGGAAUAAUGAUGUUUUCUGAGAGAUGAAAGAAAGUGAUAGAGCAGAACGGUUCAUAUAUAACGCAAUAAAUCAACCUUAAACAACAAAUAUUGUGUAUUCAUUUUAUCAAAAAGAAAAGAAACUUAUAAGACAGCCUAAUAGAAGUGUU